AUGGCCGGCACACUGCCCCAGCAGGGCUCCCCAAACUCCGGCUACAGCGCCAACAACGCCGCGGCUGUGCCAACUGUCACCCAGACAGACUCCAGGGACAAAUGGAGUAAAAAGAUGGACUUUCUUCUGUCUGUCAUCGGUUUUGCGGUGGAUUUGGGAAACGUUUGGAGAUUUCCUUACAUUUGCUAUCAAAACGGAGGCGGUGCUUUCCUAAUCCCCUACAUUUUGAUGGCUAUCUUUGGUGGCGUGCCGCUGUUUUACAUGGAGCUGGCACUGGGGCAGUUUCACAGAACUGGAGCCAUAUCCAUAUGGAAACACAUCUGUCCCAUUUUUAAAGGAAUAGGAUAUGCCAUAUGUGUCAUCGCUCUGUAUGUGUCCUUCUACUACAACACCAUCAUCGCCUGGGCCCUCUUCUACUUCUACUCCUCCUUCUCCAGCAUCCUCCCAUGGACAAACUGCAAUAAUGUCUGGAACACCCCCAACUGCACCAACUACUUUGGCAUGGAUAACGUGACUUGGACAAAUUCCUCCAGGUCUCCGGCAGAGGAAUUUUACACGAGAAACGUUCUUGAGAUCCACAAAUCUUCAGGGCUGAGAGACAUCGGGGGCGUUCGCUGGCAGCUGAUGCUCUGCCUCUUUCUUAUUUUCACUAUAGUCUACUUCAGCCUCUGGAAGGGUGUGAGAACCUCAGGGAAGGUUGUGUGGGUCACCGCCACCUUGCCGUACAUUGUGCUCUUUAUCCUGCUGAUUCGUGGUGCGACUCUGCCAGGGGCCUGGAGAGGAGUGGUAUUUUAUCUGAAACCACAGUGGGACAAGCUGCUAGAGACCAGUGUGUGGGUGGAUGCUGCUGCUCAGAUCUUCUUCUCUCUGGGUCCUGGGUUUGGGGUUCUCCUGGCUCUUUCCAGCUACAACCCUUUUACAAAUAACUGCUAUCGUGAUGCAAUUGUGACAAGUUUGGUGAACUGUCUGACAAGCUUUGUGUCGGGCUUUGUAAUCUUCACGGUUCUGGGCUACAUGGCCGAGAUGAGGAAAGUAGAGGUGGAGGAUGUGGCCAAAGAUAAAGGGCCAAGUCUACUGUUCAUCACAUACCCGGAAGCAAUUGCAAACAUGAUGGGGUCUACUUUUUUUGCAAUCAUUUUCUUUGUGAUGAUGAUCACACUGGGACUCGAUAGCACGUUUGGAGGGCUGGAGGCAAUCAUCACCGCUGUGCUGGAUGAAUAUCCAGAGUACUUCUCUCACAGACGUGAGCUUUUUGUUCUAGGCUUGGUGUUCGUCUGUUUUUUGGGCUCUCUAAGCACCCUUACAAAUGGUGGGGCCUAUGUGGUGAAGCUACUGGAAGAGUUUGGAGUAGGAUGCUCCAUUAUUGCAGUGGGUUUCCUUGAAGCUGUUGCAGUUUCUUGGUUCUAUGGGAUCAAAAGAUUUAGUAAUGAUAUUCAGGCAAUGCUUGGCCAAGCACCAGGAUUGUUCUGGAGAGUGUGCUGGGUCGCCAUAAGUCCUGCAUUUUUGGCGUAUAUUAUAGUGAGCUCUCUGCUGAAAACACCUCCCCUCACGCUGUUUGACUAUAAGUACCCAGACUGGAGCAUCACGGUCGGUUACAUAAUUGGCUUCUCUUCCUUCAUGUGGAUCCCCAUCUACAUGGUCUACAAGCUGGUGUGGACCCCUGGUUCUCUCAAACAGAGACUGGCUGUGUGUCUGAGACCAGAGAGGACCAUCCCAGAGAUCCAUCCUGACAGCCUGAACAUGGCCACCGUCUCACAGAAAGACAUGAGCACCACCGUGUGCUUCUGAACUCCUCUUUGAACCACAUUUUAAAGUCAUUUGUGAUUGAACCCCUACAUGAUCUGUCAUCUUGACUGUUCUCCUGGUGCUGAUGUUGAACAUGUCAGCUAAUUUUCACAGCAGAUUGGUGAAAAAUUCAAGGCUGCUACACAGGAGGAUCUAACAUAGCAAUAGGUACAUCUUUGCUCCAGGUGUGAUUCAGACCUGUAUCACCUGCGCAGUCCACAGCUCCAUAAUAUAGCUUUUUUUUCUCAUGUGAUGCUAGCUUGUUGUAAGUGGUAUUUCAUUUUAAUAACUUUAAUUUAUGUAGUUUUAUUUAAAAAAUUAAAUUCAUUAUGGCAUAUAGAGUAAUGUAUUUUAAUUGUUUAUGUAUCUGCAUUUUGAGGACUAUGGUUUACAGAAAACAAAAAGCCUAAAGUUUAGUAUCUCAGUAAAUUGGAAUAUUAUAUAAGGUUAAUAAAAGGAUUUUACUUCAGGCAUUCUGACUAGUGCUGUACUGCUGUCAAUACUGGGCAUUUGGAAUGAAUUAUUGCAUGGAUUCAGGCUGGCAAAGAGAAUAUCCUUAUGUUGUCCUGCUAGGAUGAUAAGGAUAUUGGGUUUCUCUGGUGGCUGUAGUUCAAAACAUGAAUUUCUAAAAUGUCCUGGUGGACAACCGCAUGACCUUUAGACUUGAGAGGUCACAGUCGAUGACAUGGCUCUUAAAUUCAUCAAUGGAUGUGGAAACUUUACA